AUGCUGCACGGCCCCGCCGCCAUGGGGGAGCCGUGGCAGCCGCAGCCGCAGCAGCAGCAGCGGCUCCCGGGGCUCGGCAACGCCUCGGAACCCAGCGCUUGGCCCUCGGCGGCGGGAGGGCAGGGAACGGCGGCUCCGGGAAGCGACGGCGGGGUCGGGCCCGGACCCGGGAGCGAAGUAGGAGCCGGGGGAGCCGUCAGCCCCUGGGACAUCGCUCUGUGCGCUACGGGGACGGCGGUGGCCGGGGAGAACGCUUUGGUGCUGGCCGUACUUUUCUACACGCCGAGCCUGCGGGCUCCCAUGUUCCUGCUGAUCGGCAGCCUGGCCCUGGCCGAUUUACUGGCCGGACUGGGGUUAGUGGCCAACUUCGCCGUGCGGUACCUGCUGCGACCUCCCAGCGAGGCGGCGGAGCUGGGCGCUGCGGGGCUGCUGCUGGCCGCCUUCUCCGCCUCGGUCUGCAGCUUGCUGGCCAUCACGGUGGACCGCUACCUGUCCUUGUACAACGCGCUGACCUACCACAGCGAGCGCACGCUGGGCUUCACCUGCGCCAUGGUGCUGCUGAUGUGGCUGCUGUGCCUGGGAGUGGGGCUCCUGCCCCUCCUGGGCUGGAACUGCCUCAGGGACCAGAGCUCCUGCAGCAUCCUGCGGCCCGUCACCAAGGACAACGCGGCGGUGCUGGCCGUCACCUUCCUUCUCCUCUUCGCCCUUAUGAUGCAGCUUUACCUGCAGAUCUGCAAGAUCGCCUUCCGGCAUGCCCAGCAGAUUGCUGUGCAGCACCAGUUCAUCGCCACGGCACAGGCCACCUCUACCCGCAAAGGGCUCUCCACCCUCUCGCUCAUCCUGGGCACUUUCGCCCUGUGCUGGAUCCCCUUUGCCAUCUACUCCUUGGUGGCCGAUUCCAGCUACCCCGUGGUCUACACCUACUCCUUGGCGCUGCCUGCCACCUGCAACUCCCUCAUCAACCCCAUCAUCUACGCCUUCAGAAACCCAGACAUCCAGAAGUCUCUCUGGCUGGCCUGCUGUGGUUGCAUCCCUUCCACGUUCUCCUCCAGACCAAGGACAUCCAGCGAUGUGUGA